AUGUUGUCAUCACUGCACACUCUCGCUCUGGUGGUCCUGCUGCUGUCUGGGGUGCAGGCAUUUGUGCCAGUAGGGGUUAGCAGCAACACACAUGUGACCAUCACUGGCAAUGCUGUAAUGAAAAAGAUCUAUGAUGUGUGUGAGGCAGUGGCCGAAUCAGAGGGUAGAGAGUUCAAGCCAACGGGUUCAUCUGUAGAGGAGCUAUUGCGCGAAUGUUUAGGUACAGCCACUGGUGAAGUAUCUGGAGCCAAGUUCCAUGAAGCCCUGAAUCAAAUUUACAUGCAGAAUGGUCUAGUGGACCGUGACUUCAUGACCAGCAGUCCACAUCAUUUCAGUGAUGAGGCUUUCAAUGAGGGACAUGCUCUGAUCAGCCAAGGUACUGCUGCCAUCAAAGCCAAUAUCCGCAAAGACAGUUUGCAAGCUGCUCGAGAAACACUGGGCCGAGUCCUACACACUCUCCAGGAUUUUUACAGCCAUAGUAAUUGGGUUGAGCUUGGUAACAAGAGGACAUAUGUCAACCUAAUAAGACCAGACCUCACCAUCCAUAAUAUAGCAGACGUGAACACUUCAACUUGCAGUGACUGUGCCACUGGUACUUGUUCAAAUCCCUUGUUGCCAUCCAUUUUGAAUGAGAAGAAACUCACGUCGGGAUACAUGGGCCUGGCUUCCUCUUACAAACCUAAAGGUAAAUGUAGUCAUGGUGGAGAUGCCGACCUUAGUAGUACUCAGAAUCCUCGGGGCGGCAUCAGCAAAGAUGAGCGUCAUCCCCAUAAUGUGGACUUCCAUAACACUGCAGUUUCCCUGGCAACAGAAGCCUCUCUCGAGCUGUUGGAGGAUAUACGUGGAGCAUCUGGCAAUAAUGCCUACCUGCGGCUAAUGGGCAUUGCUCGCUCUGCUGUUCUCUGCUUUGUGAUUGACACAACAGGCAGUAUGGCUGAUGACAUCACUGAAGCUAAGAGAGUUGCAUACAACAUCAUCGACAGUAAGAAAGGGACUCAGGAUGAACCUUCAGAAUACAUUUUGGUUCCAUUCAACGAUCCAAAGUUUGGACCCCUUACAAAGACAACAGACCCUGAUGUGAUGAAGAGAGAAAUCUCAAAGCUCACUGCCACUGGGGGUGGGGAUGAACCAGAGAUGUGUCUGUCAGGACUGCAGCUGGCUCUGACAGGAGCUCCUGCCUCCUCUCACAUCUACGUUUUUACUGACGCGCCAGCUAAAGACAUGAACUUAGAAAAAACCAUCAUAGCCCUCAUUCACAGCACCAAAUCUACAGUAUCCUUCUUCAUAACAUCAAAGACAACAUCAGUAAGAACUGUAAGGAUGGAGGGGCGCACAAAGUUCCAGCUAUAUUAUGACUUUGCUUUAGCCUCUGGAGGUCAAGCUAUAGAGGUCAGCAAGGCUAACCUGCCCAAUGCUACUGACAUCAUCGUUGACUCCUCCACAUCUGCUCUGGUGACAAUCCUACAACAAGCCAAGAACCCAGGUCGUGUGGAGAGUUUCCCCUUCCUGAUAGAUGCAUCAUUGUCCAAUGUCACUGCCUACAUCACUGGAAAUAAUCUCAUAUUCACUUUACAUAGUCCAUCAGGUGUGACUCAGACUCACACUGUGGAUAAGGGACCUCUGGCUUUGAUUCAGACUGUGGGGAAUCUACGACACAUUCUCUUCAGCUCUCACAUGGAGACUGGAUUGUGGCACAUCAGCAUGGAGUCCACAGCGGCAUACACCAUCAAAGUUACUGGUCAGAGUCCAGUUACGUUUAUCUACAGUUUUGUGGAGGAAUUCAAAGGUCCACACCCAGGAUUUGCUACUAUUGAUGGUCGCCCACAGACAGGCUUACCCACUAAGCUGUUGCUGACUGUAACAGGGCAGAAAGGUGUGGAAGCCCUAAAGAUUCAAGAGGUUGCUCUAGUAGAGGUCUCUGGAGCUCGUGCAUCGAAUGGAACCAUAGAGGAAGUGGGUGGUGGGGACUUCUUAGUUACUGUGAGUAAUGUUCCAGAAAGGGAAUUUGUAGUUAUGGUGAAAGGAGAAGAAAAGACCACUGCAAGCCACUUCCAAAGGCAGAGCACCACACAGAUGUCCCUGUCUACAGUCACUGUCAAGGCUACAGUGAACAGCACCAUGUUGCCUGGAAAAGAAUUUAAACUAAAAUUCACAAUAACCACCAAUGGAACAAGUGGCACAUACAGUGUCAUUGCCACGAAUGACAGAAACAUCCCUAUGAGAUUUGAUUCAACGCUCAACCUGGUGAGUGGGGGCAGUGCUGAAGGUACAGUGAUAUUCAAUCCACCAGCAAACAUCCAAUCAGGCACUGAUGUUACUUUGACCAUUGGAGUUGAAGGACCAGGACCUACCGAUACCAACUUUGCUGUGGUUCCCCUAUCAGUGCUCAACAAGGUGACUGACUUUACUCCUCCAAAGUGUGUGAUUGUUGGUGUAAGUACUAUUUGCCCAACUGACUGUACCGAGUCCAACUGGGACCUGUCUGUCAACAUCACAGAUGGCAAUGGCUCAGGUAUUCAAGAAAUCUCAAUCCAGAAAGGCAAUGGAAACUUUUCCCAAGACGCUGUGGUAGAUGGGGGUGUAAUUGUGGUGAUGGGUCUCUACAGUGCCUCCUGUUGCUCCCCAGAUGUAACUGUGUCUGCUGUUGAUAAAGAAGGAAAUGUGGGUAAAUGCAUCUUCACUGUUGAAAAGAGUGGAGGUGCUAGGGUCAGUCUAUCAGUACCACUAGGGGCCUGUCUGCUGGCUUUAGCCCUGAGUGUACUUUAUGAUAUUUUCCCCCUUCUAUAA